AUGGCUUCUUCUAUCAGAGCGAACUGCAGGAAGAUCGUCUGCAUAGGCCGGAACUAUGCGCUGCUAACUCAACUCCUCGCCAGCGACCACAUCGCCGAGCUGAACAACUCCAAACCAAAGCAGCCGUUCUUCUUCCUCAAGCCUCCUUCGUCUCUCCUCAUACCAGGAGCCGGCCCCGUUCUCCGGCCCAAGGGCGUCAAACUCCAUUAUGAAGUAGAGCUGGGCCUGAUCAUGGGCUCAAGGCUGCGAGACCAUGACCCAAACGACGUCAAAGGCGCUCUCGACGCGAUUGCUGGCUACGUCGUUGCAAUUGAUAUGACUGCUCGCAAUGUGCAGGAUUCAGCUAAACGCGCUGGCCUGCCGUGGUCGAUCGCAAAGGGCUUCGAUACUUUCUCGCCCAUCAGCUCGCUCAUCUCCAAAUCAGCCAUUCCGGACCCGCAUAAUGCAACUCUCCACCUCGAGGUCGAUGGAGUGUCGAAGCAGCUAGAUAACACCGGGCUGAUGAUUUAUAAAAUUCCGCGCCAGCUUGCUGAUAUAUCCCGCGUGAUGACCUUGGAUCCCGGCGAUUUGGUGACGAACGGUCAGGUCAUGACGGCCGGUAUCAGCGUUGACGGGAAGGAGAUUGAAGAGGGUCGGCUCGAGGUCAUGGUCCAGGACCGUGAAGGGAGAUACGAGUUUGCAGAGAACUAG